AUGCGAGGCGCCAAGGAAGCUAGUGGCAAGACGCGCGGUCAAGCAUUGCGCCAGAAGGGCCGACCCGCAGCAAGAAAAACAUCCGGCGGAAAGAGAGGCAAGAAAGCAGUCACAGGGACGAGGCAGAAACGGGGCGAUGAACACCCUAGUAAUACGGAGGAGGAGGAGGAGGAUGAGGAGGAUGCGGAGGAAGAGGAGGAUAAAGAGGAUGCGGAGGAGGAUGACGUGGAUGUUGGGGAGGAUGAAAAAGAUGAGAAUGAUGGCGGGGAGGACGAAGAGGAGGAUGAGGAUAAGGAGGAGGAGGAGGAGGAAGAGGAGGAGGAUAAGGAGGAGGAGGAGGAGGAGGAGGAGGAGGAGGAGGAGGAGGAGGAGGAGGAGGAGAAGGAGGAGGAGAAACAGGGUGACGACGAGGAGGAGGAUGACGACGAGGAGGAGGCAGCAGAGGAGGAGGAGGAGGAGGAGGAGGAGGAGGAGGAGGAGGAGGAGGAGGAGGAGGAGGAGGAGGAGGAGGAGGAGGAUGUGGCGCCAGUGAAGGGACGGGGCGGGCGUGGCAGACGGCGUGAUAGUGUGGGGGCACACGGGACUGCUGCAGAAGAUGCUGAUCCCCUUGGCCAGAUAGGAGAUUCUUCACACCUUUUUCCUCCACUCAUGGGUGCCCUAGGUGGAAGUGCGGAGCACGAGCCGUUUGUUACACGGGAGGAGUUCCACGCGCUGCGGUCUGAGAUGUACGCCAUGUUUGCACAGCUCGGCCUGCAUCGUGGAGUACCUGCCAGCUAUGCCGGCGGGUCGGCAGCCCUGCCUAUGGCUGGUACCCCGCCGCGGAUGAGCGUCGUGGACAAGGCACGAGUGCUAGUGUUGCUAGAGACAAACCCAUUUCCGGUAUGUGGCAGGCCAAAUGGGGCGGGUUGGGGUUGA